AUGUGUGGUCGUUAUGCACAACCGAUUGCCCCAGAGACACUUCCGGAAUGGUUUGCCCGGCAGGGUGUGCCGCUCGAAAGCGUUGAGAAUGCCGACAAAAGGACUGAGCAUCGAUACAACAUAGCUCCUACGGAGUAUGCUCCGGUCUACAUCAAGAAGAGUGGGGAUGGUGAAGACGACGGUUCUGGAUCCGAUGAAGUGAGGGGAAAAAUCGAGUACAUGAGAUGGGGUAUCGUGCCUCCGUGGAUCACCAAGGCAAGUGAUGUGAACAAGUCCGGGUACUCCACAUUCAAUGCACGGUUUGAGAACCUGACCAGCAACAGGUUGUGGAAGGCGAACUUGUCACGGCGAUGUGUGAUACCAAUACUUGGCUACUACGAAUGGCAGCAGGUUGCUGACAAGAAAGGGACCAACAAGGACAAGAGAAAAACUCCGUAUUUUAUUAAACGGAGAGACGGAGAGCUGAUGUUCCUUGCCGGAUUGUACCACCACGGGACGGUGGCGGACAACAAUUCUUCUAUCUUUACCAAGAGCUCUAAGAAGGACAAUCCGAAGGAGGCGCUGGGGUCGUACACUAUCAUCACACGAGAGGCUCCCAAGAUGCUGAAGUGGCUCCAUAGUCGGAUGCCUGUCGUCCUCCGACCAGAGGACGAUGAGUUUACGCAAUGGCUUGAUGGCAAAGGAACAAGUGAUGCCGACUACGAUCUCCUGUUGAAGAAGUACGAGCAUGAGGAGGACUUAGAAUGGUAUCCUGUUGACCCCGCCGUUGGGAACAGCCGGACCGACAAUGAGCGCUACGUAAAGCCAUGGAAACAGAAAUCGGUUCUGAACUUCUUCAAGUCGAAGCCGGCGGUCAAGCGAGAGCAUCCAGACGGAACCCAGGAUGCAGGAGAUGCCGAACACACAAAAGCUUCUGCAGAUGACAGGCAAGAAGAUGGACAAGGACAGAGAAAGAGACCGAAAAUUAAGCAAGAGGAGAGCACGUGA